AUGCCGGCGUUUCGCAAUGUUGCACCUAAUCGACACUCUGGACGACUCGGAAAACACAUCCCGGUCAUUUAUGAUAAGGAUGGCUGGCAAGUCCCCGAUCACGAGGUGAAGGUCGAAUCUCUCGACGAUGCCUGCCCCCGCGCUCUCAAGCAAGAAGAUCCUCUGCCACAACCUCUCCUCGAUCCUUUGCCUGAUGUCGAUGCCACUGCCGCACUCCUUCCUGCGCGAAGGAACAGCCACACCCGCCGUCGCGAGCCCGGACAUAUCCCCCGCCCUCGCAAUGCCUUCAUCUUCUUCCGCUCGGCUUACAUCAGUCGCAACGCCGCGAAUGGCGAGGGUCAGCAGAACGAGCUCAGCAAGCAUGCCGCGAAGGUAUGGAACAAGAUGUCUGAUGAGGAUCGACGCCCGUACUGCGAGCUCGCGGCCAUCGAGAAGCAGGAGCAUUAUCUGAAGCAUCCUGACUAUGUCUAUUCUCCCGGACGCAGCAGUGGAAAAGGGAAGCCUAAGGCAGCAAAUCCACGAAAGACAAGCGGUGUGAGCAAUGCUGCAUCGAAGAAAAGAAAGGCAUCGAACGCUUUUGAGGAUCGCUGGUCGAAAUCACCUGAUACUUCUUCAAGCUCUCCCUCCCCCACUUCCCCCAUCGCGCGACCUGCUAAGAUGCAACGUGCAGCUGCCAGGCGUGCUGUCGAAAGGUUCUUAGAGUCUCCAUCGCCUGCCCCUUCUGCCCACCUUUCUCCCGCCUCUGAGGAUGAGGAGGAAGAGUUCCAAUAUCCUCCAGACCCCAACCCUCAUGACAACGCAUCUUCUCCUGAGACGGCUCCUCCUAUUUCAUAUGUCCCUACAUCCGAGAUUCCAGACCUUCAGUUCACCCCAGUGAUGAUCCAAAAACAGGAAGAGAAACAACUCGAAGUCACGUACGAACCUCCACCCUUCCAUCCCCACCUUGACCCUGUAACGGGCGAAUACGCAUAUCAGUCGUACAAGCAUGAUUUCAUGGCGACGUCUAUGCCUAUCCUUCCCAAUGCAUCAUCUUCUUCGUUUGGUGACUAUUCGUUCGAUGCGCCCGCCGAUCCUAAGUUCAUACCUAUUCCAACGGCCACACUCCAAUCUUUUUCUUAUUUUGCCGAAUCGUCUUCUACCACUUCGGGGGAUGUCUCGUCGCCGCAUGACCCAAUACUUGAAGCCGACUCGAUCUUGAAGCAGUAUACCGAUGCGAUGGAUAUCGAUUCCGGGUCUAAUGAAUAUUUCGAGAUGGACCAAGAUCCCGAUGCGUCCAUCUUCCAAUUUUUUAACUUCGAGUAA